GCGCUCGUUCGGUCUUCAGAAAAACCCUCUGGACAUCUACGAAAGAAAACCCCUGCAAGUUUCUUGCGAUCUCAGGCAAAGUUUGGUCCUCGUGGUGCUCGGGCCUGCACAGUUCCACGCGGUUCUCUCGCCCUCGAGCUUGCCCAAACCGCGCAUCGCCUCAAAUACUCGACCACCCGGCACUCAUGGCAGACACCCCUGCAGGUUCCGACUCGGGCGCCUCUCCACAGCCCGACGACAGCCAGCUCACGAUCCGCAUCCCGAACCCGAAGAUGUACAUGCAACGUCAGUCUCAGUGGAAGGGGAGGAGGGGCAAGCCAAGAUGUGACCAUUGUCGGCUUAACAAUCUUAAGUGCGAUCGGGUGCUUCCGACGUGCAACCAUUGUGGAUUUGGAGCUGGAAGGGUCUGCAAGUAUACUCCCCUGCCUACCCCAGCCCAUAGAGGUAUCCCCCGAUGCGACCGCUGCCGACUUAAGAAUCUAAAGUGCAACCGCGAUCUCCCCAUCUGCAACCACUGCAGCGAAGACGGCGAAACCGAAUGCGUCUACACGCCGAAGAAGCGCCACAAGGUUCCCUCGGACCACAACCUGCCCACCCGCGACCGACCGGUAAUGCCCUAUACGGCCAAAACAGCCUCAUUCCUGGUGUCUGAUAUCCCUUCUUUCAAUGUCGCCUUUCCUGUCAAGGACGGUCAGCAUGGCCCCUCGUUCGCGUCCACGUCCGCAUCCGUCUCAGCCUAUCCGAGCACCGGGACCGUCGCCUCCGCCUACACUCACGCCUCUCAUUCCAUCUCCGGCUAUCCACCGCCGCUCGAGCGUACCUCCGCCUCCGGCUCGGACAUGGACGAACGUGACCGCGAUCGCUCGCCGCCGUUGGGCACGAUGCCCUACGCCCCUCUCGGCCCUCGAACGGAAUACCAAGCGCACUACUGGACGCCCAAGCCGACUCUCCCCCCGCUCUCCCGCACGCACACGUCGACGAGCAGUCUCCCCGUCGUCGGCCGGUCGCAAUUCGAUCCGAACGUCGUCCUCGCGCCGCCGCACGUCGAGCCGUGGCUGCACCCGGCCUUCGCGCCGCUCCCGUCCCCGAUCACGAACUACCUCACCCAGACGGCGAACGCGAUCGAGAUGCCGGCGCGGCACGCGUUCGACGACGCGCUCGCGCGCUUCCUCGGCGACCUCUCCGCCGAGCUCAAAGCGACCGCCGCGCUCGCGCCCGAUCCGUACGCGAACGUGUGCAAGGCCAUUCAGCACGGGGACACGGCCGCGCUCGGUCCGCGGCUGCACAUGUGGGUGACGUUCCAUCACGUCCGCGCCGGCUCGACGAAGAUGCACCUGCUCGUGCUCCUCCGCGACGACCGGUACGGGAUCGGGCGGGACGAGGAGGAGCGCCGGAGGGAGGAGCUCGCGAUGCGCGUCGACCACCAGUGGUACGGCGAGGCGGGCGAGAAGGUCGCGGAUGCGGUGCCCGAGAUAUCAGACACGUUCGAGCGCUUCCCGGUCCAGCAACAGAUCUUCGACAUCCUCGUCUACGCGCACCGCAACCACGGCUCGGCCGCGGACAUGCUCGCCGAGGUGCGCGCGGUUGGCAUGGCUUCGAUCACCUGGCCGAUGGCGGAGAUGUUCGUCCGGCUGUGCCCGCUGUGCAACCUCCGCGCGAAGGCGGCCCCAGCACCGCCACCCACCUCGACCGGAUCGCCUUCGUUAGCGCCGACGCCCAGGCCGUCCACGCUCUCCGCGUCCACCUCCACGGCGGGAACCCCGCCCGCGAUCUCGUCGGCGUCGUUCCAUAAUAUCCCACCUUCAGGCACGCGACAGUACCCUGCCCGAUUCUGAGUUCUCC